AUGAACAGCCUCCCUCGCCUGCACAACAACCAGCUCUGCUACGUCGGCGGUGAGACCAAGAUUUUCUCCGUCGAUCGCAACAUCAAGUUCGCCGCCAUCAUUUCCAAGCUCUCAUCCCUCUCCGAGUACAGCGUGGCGUUCAAGUACCAACUCCCCGACGAAGACCUCGACGCCUUGAUCUCCGUUACCAACGACGACGACUUAGAUCACAUGAUGCACGAGUACGAUCGCCUCUACCAGGCUUCCGCUAGACCCGCCCGCAUGAGAUUGUUCCUCUUUAAUGCGAGCCCCAACGGUGGAUUCGGGUCGGAUGAUGGAAGGUCCAAUAAGGAUCGGUUCGUCGAGGCUCUUAAUUCGGGUCCAACCCAGGCGCCCUACCUGAAUUCCAAGCCUCUGGUCCUGGCUGACUCACAAGAAACCGGCGAACUCGCCAAAGCCCAACGCCGUAUUCUCUCUCCUCCUCAAGUCGCCGACUUCAACUGA